AUGGACAGGGUCUGCACAGUGGAUAUUCACCUGCGGGUGGAGCCAGCAGAAAUGCACCUGGAAAUGCAGGCGGGGGGCUGUCCAGUGAGGAGGCCACUGCACCACCGGAACCCCCAGAACCUCUCCCUGAGGACAGCCCCGAGGACACCUUCCUCCCCAGGAACCCCACCCCCCGCAAGGAAAGCUCUGAAUGACCCCCGAGACUGCUGCACACGAAAGGCGUCAUUCAGUGGUAGGUGGAAUCAACGCCAACUGUUAAAGCCCUGCGAACUGGAACAAAGAGUAGAAGAUGUUCGACUUAUCCGAGAGCAGCAUCCGACCAAAAUUCCGGUGAUAAUAGAACGAUACAAGGGUGAAAAGCAGCUUCCUGUGUUGGAUAAGACCAAGUUUCUUGUACCUGAUCAUGUCAACAUGAGUGAACUCAUCAAGAUAAUUAGAAGGCGCUUACAGCUCAACGCUAAUCAAGCCUUCUUCCUGUUAGUGAACGGGCACAGCAUGGUGAGUGUGUCCACGCCGAUUUCGGAAGUGUAUGAGAGCGAGAAGGACGAAGAUGGGUUCCUGUACAUGGUGUACGCCUCUCAGGAGACGUUUGGAAUGACAUUGUCAGUGUAAGACUAGAAAAAUGCAUCUGUUCUAGAAUUUUGUAAACCCUUACCAAUGGGGAUAAAAAGGAUGUUACCAACUGAGAUUGACCCGUUCAUCCAAAUCACAGAUCAUCAAAACAGUAGUGUUCCUGCCUAGGAGUUUUAGAAAGUUGUUUUUGUACCUUACACAGAAAAACUGAGCUCCAAGUGAGCACAUUCAGCUUUGGAAAGCUCUAUUAUUUAACCUAGGCUGUCUUGCUUUCAAGUUUAGAAGUUUAAAAAUAAAAUACUUUGCAUUCUAAGUUACCAAUAAAAUAGAUCUUCAAGUUAUUUUAAUGUUCUUUCCCCAAUAGGAACUUGCAUUUUGAGCAUUCAGAGACAGUAAGUCAGAACAUGCCAACUUUUUAUUGAAGGGUUUCUAACCAACUGGAGAAAUCUCAAGCAUAGCCCCCAAAACACAUUUGCCGUAACAGUUGGCAAAAAGCAGGCUAAAUGGGGGUGUAACAGGCCCAGAGAGAAAAAAUGUUAUUUCUUGUUUUAGAUAUUUUCUGAUCAAAGAGCUCAAACUAGUGCCUGCUUUGGUAAAUAAACAAGCACUUAUAUCAGUUUCAUUCUUUAGGACAGUGGUAGAAACUACAGAAUCCUGCAGAUGAUCUAUGUUUUUUAUGUUAAGUGUGUGACUAAAAUAUGUUAUUAAAAAGUUACCACAUUUUUAAGAGUAUUUCAGUUAUCACUGUUAGGUCAAACCACCGUUGAAAUUCUCCCACUCUAAGCUCAUGUCAGUUGUGAAGAAAACAGUAAAAGGAAAUGUAUUCUCUUCACAGAUAUUGUCAAAAACAUUUUCCAAGUCGAACUAGAAUAACCAGUGCUUCCUCCUACUUGCAUGGGGUUCAUUUACUAUUUUCAUGGGAGUAUCACAAAAGGAUCACAGACCACGUUAGACUACAUGUAGCAGGUCGCAGUUUGCCCUUGUGUACUUAAGACGUGUAUGGAAUACCUGUACCAGUUAGUGGAAGUUAUUUACUCUAACGGUGGGAUCAGGCAUUACUACAUAUGGCCCUUAACCCCCAGCCUUCCAUCACCUACUCCUGCCGCCGCAUGUGUCUGUCUACAUGGCUAACUUUUAAUAUGUAUAUUUUUACCUUAUGUAUAUUCUUAAUUGCCCUGUCUUGUUUAGAUUGUAUGUCAUUAUAUCUGACAUUCUUGUAACUACUGUGUGAUCAAUAAGAUUCCUAUAAGAAAUUCUGCUUUUUAAAAAAAAAAAUACCAUGCCGAGAGGGUUGACUUAUAUCCACAUUAGUGGGUAGUCGCUCUGUAUUUAUAGGAUCUUUAAAAUAAGUACAUUUUUAAAUGAACUAAGAUGAAUAAAGGCACAACUAAAAACUGUCA